AUGGGUGUCGCUAAGUUGCCUUUGAAUGAGCUAGCAGCAGAGACUAGUACGGAAAUUGAAUUAAGAUUACUGCCAAAACUUGGAUGUAGUUCUGCUGAAGCAGUGAAUCGUAUUUACGAGAUCAAAGGACGUAAGCAUACAAGUCCUCUGGCUAUUUGUGUUGGCGAUGUUCAUGAUAUACAACGUUACGCUGUGACAGAUCAUCUGCCUCAUGGCUUGCUUGACUGCCUGCUUCCUGGACCUGUAACUGUGGUCUUAAGGCGAGGUGAGUCAAGUAUCCUUGAGAAGUCAUUAAACCCUGGAUUAGAGAGCAUAGGGGUUCGAGUGCCUGACUAUAACUUCAUCAGGGCAAUUGCCCGUGGUUCUAGAAGUGCCCUUGCACUUACUAGUGCAAACCUCAGUGGACAACCCAGUAGCAUAAACAUCAAAGAUUUUGAGAACCUUUGGGAGCACUGUGCAUAUGUCUAUGAUGGCGGAAUUCUUCCAGCUGGGCGAGCAGGAUCGACAGUGGUGGAUCUUACCAAGUUGGGAAAGUACAAAAUUCUAAGACCUGGGAGUGCCAAGGAAGAGACUGUUGCAAUUCUUGAAAGACACUGCCUACUGGAAGAUGGGACUGGAGAUUAGCAAGCUGUUGUUAAGUUGUAGCUGUUCCCCGGAAGAGGACUCGUGCCUGAGUUUGUAAAGCAUGUCUUCUAAAGACAUGACAGCAGAAAGCUUUCUUGGUUCCAUUUGAAGUACAAAUCACUUGGGAAACAUUGAGGAGCACUCAUUUGUUCAUGUGUAUUUUUUUGUUUGCAGUCACUUACUAAUAGGAUCCAAAGUGUGUCUACUGGUUUCCAUUUGGUAGUAUCUGAGAGCUAAUGAAUCGAGUGUUACACGAAAACCUCAUACAUUUGGAACUUCUUGACUUGUUUAGAUUCAGCGUCUUGAUAAUGACUAAUGAUGGCAGAAGUUCAACAGGUAUAGUGUCACAUCUCGUAGUAUCAGUUUCUUUUACUUACAUUCAAUUGAGAGUAUGUAAUUCCACGAACCCAAUAUUUUUAUACAAUGUUACUAAACCUUCACAUGCUUC